UGUGUAUAGAGCUUUGCAAGAAAACUACAUUGUGUGUGAAAACCAGCUUUUAAAAAGGGUAGAAUAACCACACCAGGUUCAGAAUAAAGAAUGAGAGAAAACCGGAAAAGACAACAAAAGCUUAGAAAUGUUCCACAAAUUCCUUGUAUCCAAGUCCCUCACUCUUUUUCUGAUAUUUCAUUACUGAAGCAGGAACUAACCCCAGGGCAGCAGCGCUACUUUUAUAGCAUCAUGAGGAUUUAUGAUUCCAGGCCCCAGUGGGAGGCUCUGCAGACUCGCUACAUUCACAGCCUUCAGCAACAGCAGCAGCUGGGCUAUAUCACUAGACAUGAGGCCUUGUCUUGUGCUGCUGUGCUUAGAGAUUCAACCAAAAGAGCCUCGGCCAAGGUAGCUCCUCAAAGGACCAUUUCCCAGAAGUCUUCGGCCAUGACAAGACGACAUCUAUUGGCAAGACCUGGCUCUGUAGUUCAACCCAGGGCCAAAAGUGUAAAGUGCUGAGGCCUCGGGAAGUGAGACUUUGCAUUCUCCCAUAUAAGCAGUUCACCCAUGGUUCUUUG